ACCAAAAGGUGGCGGUAAUGCGCCUAAAACUAAUGGGCGGAAUUGUUGUAGAAGAAGAGGACGGGAAGACGCCGGAUCAUGUCAGAAUGGGAACCCAGGUGAAAGAUGUGAUCAUUAAGCCCGACGCUCCCAGCGCGCUGCUGCUGGAGAAACACGCAGACUACAUCUCUGCUUACGGCUCCAAAAAGGACGACUAUGAGUACACGCUGUCUGAGUACCUGAGGAUGAGCGGUGUCUACUGGGGGCUGACUGUGAUGGACCUGAUGGGCCAGCUGCCCAGGAUGAACCGGCAGGAGAUCAUAGACUUCAUCAAAGCCUGUCAGCAUGAGUGUGGCGGGAUCAGCGCCAGCAUUGGACAUGACCCCCACCUGCUCUACACCCUCAGUGCCGUCCAGAUCUUGUGCUUGUACGACAGCGUAGAUGCGAUUGAUGUGGACAAAGUGGUUGAAUAUGUCAGAGGGCUGCAGCAGGAAGACGGCUCUUUUGCAGGGGACAAAUGGGGAGAAAUAGACACGCGCUUUUCUUUCUGCGCUGUUGCUACACUUGCAUUACUGGGCAAGAUGGACACCAUCAGUGUUGACAAAGCUGUAGAGUUUGUUUUGUCCUGCAUGAACUUUGAUGGAGGUUUUGGAUGUAGACCUGGUUCUGAGUCUCACGCUGGUCAGAUUUACUGCUGCACUGGCUUCCUGUCGCUCACCGGCCAGCUUCACCAGGUGAACGCUGACCUGCUGGGCUGGUGGCUCUGUGAGAGACAGCUGCCAUCUGGAGGCCUCAACGGACGACCCGAGAAGCUUCCAGAUGUGUGCUACUCAUGGUGGGUUUUGGCCUCCCUGAAGAUCAUCGGCAGGAUCCACUGGAUCGACAAAGACAAGCUGCGAAGGUUUAUUCUGGCCUGUCAAGAUGAGGAGACGGGAGGAUUUGCUGAUAGACCAGGAGAUAUGGUGGAUCCGUUCCACACUCUGUUCGGGGUUGCAGGUCUCUCCCUCCUCGGAGAUGAACAGAUCAAACCGGUGAAUCCGGUAUUGUGCAUGCCUGAGGACGUCCUUCAGCGGAUCGGCCUGCAGCCCGACCUCCUCAGCUAACCCUCUGAAGUAUCACGCAGACACCUUUUACACCCACACAAGCACGGCCUCAUGCCACGGCUGGAUGUUGGGAGCACAGAGUCUCACAGUUUGGACAUGACUUCCUCUGAACCUCUCUCUUUUAAUCCUCCCUCUACUCAUCGGGUCAGUGUUGUCGUGUCACUGCAACUAAAGGAGGAGGUUUUGAAAAGAUGCUUUGAAGUGUCAUCAUCUUUGCAGAAGUCUGGAAAUCAUGUGACAGCAUUCAUUAACUUUUCAACUUACUCAGUAUGUCAGUUUUUUUUUUUGGG